ACUUAAUCAGUUUGAUUCCGUUUUCGGUUUGCAUCGGUUUUUGUAAUUGUCUCUCUCUUCGGUAUUCUCAACUUAUUCUCCCGUUCCUCCAUGGAAUUUGCACUGCUUUUGCAUUCAUAGCUUAAAUUAAUCAACUUCUGUUUGUGGAAGCUCUACCAACUUUUUCACAGGAUAAAUUGGGGUUUGGGCUACUUCGUCGCUCCAACUUUGUUACGUCAAGUUACAUAAGAGCUGCUUAGUUUCUGAAAUCUUCCCAAAUAAAUCACCAAGAGGGAAGGCAUUGUUUCUCUCAAAGAACUGCAAACUACAGCCUUACUGCAAAGACCAGUUGGUGGGGAAGCCUCUCAAAGGGUUUUCACGAAGAUGCCUGUUGAUAAACUAAGAAAUCAACAAAGAAGUGCUACUGUGGCUCUUAAGAUCCGAAAGACGAAGGCAGAAACUCUUAAGCAUUCGAAGACAUCAUGGGUGAAGGAUAUUUUGUCGGAUGAUAUCAAUCGGCAGCUAGCGGGGACCUCACAAGUCCGGAAAUUGAUUGAUAUGAGUAUGACUAAACAUGGUCCAGGCUCACAACUCUCGUACUUGGUUGAUAUCAGAAGGAGUUUUCUUGUUCGAGAAGUUAAGUCUUUUGUUUCUCGAUUUAUUAAGUUUCUGAGCAACAAAGAUUCUUGGCAGCUCCAGGUUGAAGCUGCUUGGGCUAUCACCGAGAUUUAUCAUGAUGAACUGGGUCCUUGGAUUAUUGCCCCUUUUGUGGAGCCAAUAUUUCAAAAACUGUAUACCAAUCAGGAAAGUCUUGAAGUAGUGGUCGCUGGUAUUUUGUCCCAUCAUACACUUCCGCAGAGCAUAGCAACCAAACAAUUCUGAACACUGCUCUCUAUCAAUAAGACACUUGAUCUUUGCAAAGCUAUGAAGUUUAGUGUUAUUCUUCGAUUUGCUCAGUUUAUAAAGAUGCCAUAUGUCCCACAGCAGCUCAAGGAUGAUUCUGCUUGGAUUCUCGUACUCAUUUUCUCUCUCGACCUCGCCCAAAUAUUUGAUAUGGAUGAAUAUGAGCUGGUGGUGGAAGUUGUUGUAAAGCUUCUGGACUUU